GAUCAAGCCAGUCACUGCUCCAGCGAACCGGAACAAGGAGACAAAAAGAUGGGUGAAUCUCCAGAUUUCAUAAGCGAUCUUCCUCAAAGUAUUAUUGAGAAUAUACUUACUCGGCUUUCGAUUAGAGAUGCAAUAAGAACAAGUGUGUUAUCUAGCAAAUGGAGAUAUAAAUGGUCUACACUCACUGAUCUUGUCUUUGAUGAGAAAUGUGUUUCUCCUGCUAAUGACCGUUGCGUUGUUGAGACUAAUCUUGUGAGAUUUAUCACUGGAGUGCUUCUACUUCACCAAGGACCUAUCCAUAAGUUUCAGCUCUCUACUUCUUUCUUACAAUGUCGUCCCCAUAUUGAUCAGUGGUUGCUUUUUCUUUCGAGGAAUGGGAUUAAGGAGCUUGUUCUUAAGUUAAAAGAAGGUGAAUUCAGGGUUCCUUCAUGUCUCUUUAACUGUUUGAAACUGACCCGUUUGGAGUUAUGUCAUUGUGAGUUUGAUCCGCCUCAGUAUUUCAAAGGGUUUUCAUCUCUGAAGAGUUUAAACCUUCACCAAAUCCUUGUUGCUCCUGAGGUGAUUGAAAGUCUGAUCUCAGGUUGUCCGCUUCUCGAGUUCCUGUCUUUGUCUUACUUUGACAGUUUGGUUUUGAGUAUAUCAGCUCCGAAUCUCAUGUACUUGUAUCUAGACGGCGAAUUCAAAGACAUUUUCCUCGAGAAUACUCCCAAGCUAGUUGCAAUAUCGGUUUCAAUGUACAUGCAUGAGGAUGUUACUGAUUUUGAGCAGAGUUCGGAUUAUAAUCUCGUUAAGUUCCUUGGUGGUGUACCCCUUCUUGAGAAGCUCGUUGGUUAUAUCUACUUCACAAAGUACUUGAGUAUAGGAGAUGACCCGGGAAGGCUUCCAAUUACUUACAUUCAUCUUCAAACUAUAGAACUUUACCAAUUAUGCUUUGAAGAUGCUGAUGAGGUACUAGUUCUUCUUCGUUUGGUCACUCACUCUCCCAACCUUAAAGAGCUCAAAGUUUCGUCUUCACCUGUCCAACUAUUUCCUCUCGAAGAAGAAGGUUUUGACCUUUUCGAAAGAGAUUACUUCGAGUACAAACUCCCGAGCCUUGAAACCAUGAAGAUAACAGACGUAUCUGGCAUCAAAAAUGAGCUGGAAUUUCUCAGAUUCUUGCUGGGAACUUCUCCAGUUUUGGAGACAGUCAUUGUAUCAUCGAGUUUAAUGGAAAAAGAAGCGAAAAUGGAUAUGGUAAUCGAAUUGCUCAGGUAUCCGCGUGUUUCUCCUCGAGCUCAGCUCCUCUUCCUUCAGGACUGAAAUCUGACUCCCCUAGUCCCCUUCUCCAUCUCUCUCCCUCUCUCUGUGUUAUCAUGACUGAACAUGUUUUAAUCUGAAUCUGUUAAAGGAAAUAUGUAAUUGUGGAAAGAUAACAAAACUGUUGAAUCCACAGUAGUAAAUUUUAAUGUAGUUG